AUGCCUUCAAGCAAAGGAAAGCCAACGGACCCUAAGCUUCGCGAGAAGGUCAAGGAGGAGGUGAAGCAGAAGCCCAACAAAGACGGUGGUGGCAAGGGCCAGAUGGCCGCGUGGAAGGCUGCUGAGAUCUCCAAGGAGUACGAGAAGCAGGGUGGUGGCUACGAGAACGAGGCUGGCAGCAAGAACGAGCCUAAGAAGGGUGCGCCAGAAGCCAAGUCUGACAGCAAAAAGAAAACCGAGGAGAAGAAAGCCGACAAGGCUGAUUCCAAGACCGAGAAGUCGGAGUCCAAGGAGGACGAGAAGGCAGAGGACGCCGUGGAGGAGCAGGAGGCUCCCGCAAGCGCGCAGAAGCCCAAGGCUAACGUAGGGAAAAAGGCGGACAAGAAAUCCGACGACAAGGAUAGUGAGGAGAAGGCUGAUGCGAAGAGGAAGGCCGGGCCUAAGAAGGCCGCUGCACCCAAGAAAGAGAAGAAGGUGCCUCAAGAGGGCACCAGGCGAAGCACCCGAACAGCAGCGAAGAGGAACUCGCCCAUCAAGGAGGUCGAUACGGAUGCCGAUGAGGAUGAAGACGAGGCGCCGAAGAAGAAGAAGACUAAGAAGACCAAGUCUUAG